CCCGAUCAACUUCCCGUUAACCAUAUCAUUCUAUCGGUCUAUCUUUGGAUACGUCAAUACUUCCGUAUUGAUAAUCUGAGAUUUGCCGAUCCAUUUCCUUUCGUGUCCUUCCCUCGACGAUAUGACUUAUAGAAUGGACGAUCCAUCGAUCCCAUAAUCGAGCUAUCGAUCCAAACCAUCAAUCAAGUCGUCGAACUCACCGUCCAUCCAACUCCUUGAUCGAAUCGUCGUUCCAUCGAUCCGAUCCAUCGAUCGAUACCACGAUCCGAUCAUUCGGUCGACCCGACCAUCUUACCCGAUCCGUCCCGUCUCUCCGACGUUCGGUCCGAUCAAUCCAACCGUCCUUUACAUUCCAUCGAACCGUUGGAACGGGAGGUAGCAUGCGCAUCAGUUCGGUCGAGGCUCCGAGAAUCCGUUCCGAUUCCGGAGAUACUCGCCGAGCCGCACCCCCUUUCCGUCCAACAACUUCGUGGGGGCGAAUGGGUGUGUUUCCGAAACAUCACAUCCGUUCGUUGCACCCUUCCGAAAGGUUGCGUCUUUCCGAUCCUACCACAGUCCACCAGCUCGAGUGUCAGCUGACCGGACCACCCAGCUGGGUCAGUACUCGAUCAGUUCACCGAGCUCGGUUGAGCUGCCGGUCAGCUCACCUAGCUGAGCCAGCUAGUCCUCCAGCUGGUUUAGCUCACCUAGCUGAGCUAGCUAGUUCAUCCAGCUCACCUAGCUGGAUUAGCUCGGACAUUUUCCCUAAAACAAACCGGCCCCCUUUAGGAUCGCGGGACGCGGACGUUACACUUCCCGAUGAUCCCGAGGCGAGUUUAAACACGGGGAGAAUGCGUCCUCCGGCUAAGGACGAAGCUGGGGGCUCUCGCUGGCAGAACGCAACCGAGCCAUCUUUGCUUCCUGUAAAGGCCGAGGCAAUUCAAUAUGACUCCGACGCGGAAGCGAGAAUGCUUCAGGCUAGGGUGCAAGCAGCUAAGGCCCUUCAACAGAAGACGAAGCGAUCCAGAAGAGUAAAAAAGCCCGAUCCUCCUGGUUCUACAUUAUCCACCGAGGACUCCCUCAGAGAAUUGAGGGCUCGGUUCGGUUUUAGUGAAGGAGUCACUAUGAGGCUUCCAACCCCGAGCGAACGAGCCGAUAAUCCUCCCGAGGGGUUCUUCACGCUGUACGAGGGGUUUUUCUAUUUUUGUUUCUUAUGGUUCCCUCUCCCGAGGCUAAUUGUGGAGUACUUAUGGUCGUACAAGAUUGCGUUGGCUCAGAUCUCGACUCGUGGAUUACGGCAUCUUAUUGGGAUCUUAGUGAGGAGUUUUGAAGCGGACAAAACCUUGUCCCUCGGGCAUUUGAGGAAUUUCCUGGAGGUUCGUCGUAGUCCGGGUCCUCUGGAAAGAUAUUACAUCUCGCCGAGCAAGAAUAAGAAGAUCAUUGGUGGGUUCCCGAGCAAGGAUGAGAAAUAUACCGACCACUUCUUCUUCGUCGCGAUUGAUGAGGACUCUAUCCCCGAGGGGUGCCUUGAUAAAAUUGUUGCGAAAUGGGGCAGAAUCGAUCGUGACCCGACGUUUCUCGAGCUCAUCCCUGAAGAUCUUUUGGAAACGCACGAAGAGUUGGCUUCCCGAAAGUGUCAUUGGACCAAGCACUUCAGGCUUAAGAGGGUUGAGAAAGCGUUGAGGCUGCUCCGUGGUGUAUCUUGCUCAUCAUCAUCAUCCUCCUCGGACCAUCGACUAAGUGGCUUCGUGGAAAUGCAGAAAGCGAAGAUGACGUUGCGGGAGAAGAAGGCUGCAGAGAAAGAAGCAGCCGAACAGAAAAAAGCCCUCGAGGCAAUUUUCAAACCCUUACCCGAGGUGACUGACGCGCCUGGGGGGUCUGGAGGACCCAAGGUACCUGAUCUGCCCGAGGCGGCUGGUAGGCCCGAGGUGACUGAUGAUCCCGAAAGAUCUGGGAUCGAUUUGGCUAUGACUUCGGUUCCUCCCGAAGCAUUUGAGGGCGUCCCAGCUGGGGACGGUGGAGUUCGAGCUCCCGAGGCCGAACACACCGAGGUCGUGGUUGGCUUGGCUGCUGGUAGACAGGCCAAGUCUAAAGGAAAACGUCCUCGGGGCGAACAUUCUACCGAGAAGAGGAAGAAGUCGAAGAGCGGUCACAGUAGCUCUCGACCGAUUUACAAGGACAAGGUGGCUUCGGCCAACCUUGUUGCUUCGUGUGCAUGGCCGCUGUUGACGGCCCCCGAGAACUUGGCCGAGGCGGAAAGAUACGCCGAGACUUCGGCCAACUUUCUAAAGGCUUUCUCCUCGAUGAACACGUUGGUUCGUUCUUACGAAUCUACGAAUCGCCAGCAUGAAGCUGCCAACGAGCAUUUUGAGAUGGCUCGAGCGGAAUCGGAGAGGAGAUUAACCGAGGCGACCGCAGCAAGGGAGAAAGCCGAGGCCUUAGUCGCGGCUGAGCAAGAAGCGAGGCAGAAAGAGGCCGAGGAGAAUGCUCGAAUUUGGCAGAAAGCUGAAGCGGAGAUUGAGCGCCUCAACCGUCUGCUGGCCGAGGAGAAGUCUCUUCGGGAGGUCGAGGUAGCCCGAGCCAGGAAAGCUGCCAAAAGGGUGGUCACUGAAGAGUUCGCCAAGCAGAUCGAAACGAUCGAGGCGAAACUGGAACAGUUUGACCAAGUCGCCGACCGUUACAUGUACUUCUCCCAGGCCAAAGCAAACGCCGAGCUGAUCGCCGAGCUCGAGGAGGGCAAGUCGCUCGAGGAUGAGAAGAAAGAGGUGGAGGCAUGGAAAGAAGAGUUCGGGGACGCCGAAGCGGAGUAUUCUCAACUCGCGGUCGAGCUGCUCGGAACUUUGAAGUUUCCGCCGGUGUCUCUCGAGUCCACUCAUGAUAGCCUCGGGAAUAGGUCGGUUGAAGGUGACGCGACCGAAGUUGGGGUUAUCGACCAAGCAGGAACGUUUCUGGAUCCUGCGGCGGUGCAUGCUGAAGAGCGAGACGAAUAAUCCCGAGGCGUCUAUAAACUUUUCCCUUUUCUUUGUUUUAAGUUUCAUUUGUAAAACUUAUGCCUGGAUGGCUUUAUCCAAUUGAACGCGUAUUUCUUCAAGCACUUGAUAUUUCUUGUUUACUCCGAGAUGUUUUUGAAGUGAAUUCGGUGCCAGUGUUGAGUAACCGGGUUUUCGCAAAUCCGACUUGUUUCAUCGAGAAAUCAAGUUUUUCGGAAUAG